AUGAGUAUCUGGACAUUUGUGAUUUCUGAGCAGUUUGGCAUGCAACACUCAUCAGCGAACGUCCAUGAGCAUGAGCCCACCAUAUUCGGCGUAUCCACCGAAGAAUUCGACUACCAAGUUUCGCCCGGACCCGCCAUGGCCAUUGAAGCUGUCCACAGUCUUGCCACUGCUGUGACCUUCGGCGACUCUCCCGAGGUCCUAACCACUUGCUUAAACACGACCAUGGCAGGAAGCUUGACCUAUGAGCAAGCAACCGACAUGAAGUGGAAGUGCAACGAGAUCAGCACCCUUGUAGCCAACAACAUCGACAUCUGUUCUUCCAUCAACAUCUCCAAACCUACCUCCCAUGGCGAGUCCGAUCUCUCCAAGCGUUAG